GUUCAACGUAGUUUACGUGCAUUAGUUAUUUCUACUUUUAACAUUUUUAUUUAUUAUUAGGAUUCUUAGAGAAGUUUAUGAUUAAUUUAUAAAUCUUGGAAAAUGGCUUAUUCAGUAAAUAUUUCAGUUGAAGCUCCGAUUGAAAAUCAAAUUCAAGAAAUUACAUAUGAUGGACAAGAAAUUUAUCAGGCGCCGUUAACUUUAUCUGAAAAUUUAGCAAAAAUAGCUCAGAAGAUAGAUUUCAGUAAAACAAAUGGCGAUGAUAUAACAAAUGAUGCAACUGAGAAUGGUGAUAAAAGUGAAGAAGAUGUUAAAGAUGCAGCAGCUUUUCAAACUUCAUUAUGGCCGUGGGAUAGUGUUAGAACAAAAUUAAGAAAUGCUUUGACAGAAGUUUGUGUCUUAGCUGAUGUGUUGGCUGUGGCAAAAGAAAAAAGAUAUAUGGUAUUAGAUCCAAUUCAACAAGAGCCUCCAGAUGUAAAGCCCAUGGUACAAGUGUAUGCAAGAAAAAAAGCUCUUGCUGGUGCAGCUUCGGUUCUUUUAACUGGUGCAGAACGAUUGAGAAAUUCUCAAAAUGAAUUGGCGAAAAAUCGAUCAGUUCCUGAAUUUCAUAUCGAACUGUUAAGACUUAGACAGAAUUGGCGACUAAAGAAAGUUUCCAAUUCUAUAAUUGGUGAUUUAAGUUAUCGAACAGCGGGAUCAAAAUAUACUCAAACAGGAAUGUUUGAAGUAACAAAAGCAGAAGAUGACGAAAAAGUCAAUUCUUGUAGUCCACCAGAAUCUCCAAACUCUAACUCUGGUGCAGGAGCGUUAAGUGUUACAGCAAGUGCUGGAACAAGUUCAGUUGUAAGUCCAGCUAAAAGCUCUUCGUUACGUGUAACGAUACCAAGUGAACUUCAAGGCGUUGCUUAUAUUGAAGUUUUAUGUAAAAAAGAUCAAGAUGAUUUAUGUAGUCCAAAUAUAAAUCUUCUAAACAGUAGUACAAGCUCGAAUGCUGACAUGCAUUGGCAGCAAAAACUUGAAGCAGCUCAAAAUGUUCUUUUCUGUAAAGAACUUUUCAGUCAGUUGGCCAGAGAAGCUGUUCAUCUACGAGCUCCAAUUCCUCAUAUGGUUGUUGGCAAUCAAAUAAUGGCUACAGUACUUCCUGGUAUUCAACUGAAUAUUGGAUUGUGUCAUAGUACUGGAAAUGAUAAGAAAACAGUACCUCCACCUCAAAAAACUGAUCAUGAUCACGUUUUGGAGCAUUCUUUGCAUCAAUUAUUACGAGAAGUCCAUCAUAAAAAUACUCAUCAUCCUUUUCCUCAUCCAUCAUCGGGUCCACUAGGACCAAGCAAACGACGUUGCAUUGCUGGACCAACUGCUGCUGAUCGAUAUGAACUUAUUGAAAUGACUAAAAGUCAAACACUUCUCGAACAAAUUAUUCAACAAGCUCGACACUUUUUCAUGAGAAUGCGUACGGAGUAUGUUUUAGAUACUAUUGCAAAAGAAGUUAAAGAUCCUCUUAUAGUUUCACACUGGAAUACUCUAAAUUCUCCAACACAGUCAUGUGUUAAAAUAAAUAUCUGGACAAAUGGAUAUGAUACAGUUUGUCGUACAUCAUUGGUCGUUCAUGUUGGAGAGAAAUCAUUGAAGUGUGUUUGCAGAGAUGGAAGAGUCAUGCACAUGAGUUAUGAGCCACAAGAAUUACGAAAUCUUAUCUUUUGCCAGAUUCAUCAACAUCAAAUAACAGCAGUACAAAAUUUAGCAAAAUGCAUGGGCUGGCAAUUUCUGGCAAAUAGUACACACCUUGGAUUAGGUGCUGUAGAGCCUCUUGGAAAUGCAAGCAGUUGUAUAUUAGCAUCUCCAAUAGGUGAUCGAAUGAUAGCAGUACGAUGUGAACCACAAACCGGUGUUCAAGUUGCUAUAGCUCAUUCACCCAGGAAAGAUUUCUUCCCAGGACAAUUGGUACGUGAACGAAAGUGGGAAAAUUUAGGUGGCUCAUUUAAAGAAGUUCGAUGGGAUAAAAUGGAAGGAAAGAAUUUUCUCAACAAAAUGGAAUUAUUAAUGGCAUCUCUUACAAGUUCUUAAAUUUAUAAAUCAUUAGUAUUAUUUAAUGUAAAUAUCAAAAUACUUAAAUAAACAUUAUAUGAAUUUAUAUAAUGUUCGGAAACUUUUUUAAUGAAGA